GGUCAGAAAUAAAUAAACCAACAAUGAACCGAGAGAUCAGAAAUAAACCACUAACAAACCGCCUCAAUACAGCUCCGGCGCACGAAGCUCAGCUCUGAAGGCAGUUUGGCAAUGCCAGCUUUCCCCACCUUGAGCCGCAAGCACCACGGGCGUUGUUAUUGCUACACGCGGCAUUUCUCGCUUCACCGCCAAAGCAGCUGCAUCCCCAGAUGCCCUCACAGCACCCAGCCCAAUCCAGGACGGGGAGCAGCACCCUUUCCCUGCCUAGGCUGAGGGCAUUCAACAGACUGCAAGUAAUAUUACAACACUUGAAAAUGUCUAAGCAAACAGAUUCAACAGCAGAAGUGUUGUUGGAAAAAAAAGGAGGUGCAGGAAUAAUAACUUUGAAUAGACCCAAGGCUCUCAAUGCACUAAAUCUGCCUAUGAUCCAACAAAUUUAUCCUCAAAUAAAGACGUGGGAGCAAGAUCCUGAAACAUUUCUAAUAAUUAUAAAGGGAACUGGAGGAAAAGCUUUUUGUGCUGGGGGUGACAUCCGAGCCAUCACAGAAGCGGGGAAAGUUGGAGAUAAACUGACGCAAGAUUUCUUCAGAGGAGAAUAUAGGCUGAACAAUGCCAUUGGCACCUGCAAGAAGCCAUAUGUGGCACUUAUCGAUGGCAUUACAAUGGGAGGGGGAGUUGGUGUCUCAGUCCAUGGACAUUUUCGAGUUGCUACAGAAAAGACUGUUUUUGCCAUGCCAGAAACAGCAAUAGGCCUUUUCCCUGAUGUAGGUGGAGGGUAUUUCUUGCCAAGGCUCUCAGGAAAGAUUGGCUAUUUCCUCGCGCUAACAGGAUGCAGGCUGAAAGGAAGAGACGUGCUAAGAGUUGGCAUCGCUACGCAUUUUGUAGAAUCUGAAAAGCUACCUGCCUUGGAGAAAGACCUGAUAGCACUGAAAUCUCCUUCAAAAGAAAAAAUUGCAGAUUUAUUGAACUCUUACCACAAGAAGUGCACAAUUGAUCAAGAAAAGGAAUUUGCACUUGGUGAACAUCUGGAGAAGAUUAACAGUCUUUUUUCAGCAAAUAGUAUGGAAGAAAUUGUUAAAAAAUUAAAGCAAGAUGGUUCUCCUUUUGCCAUGAAGCAGCUAGAGACUAUUAAUAAGAUGUCACCUACAUCUUUAAAACUGACUCUCAGGCAGCUCAGAGAAGGAGCUUCCAUGAGCUUACAAGAGGUCCUUCAGAUGGAAUACAGACUGAGCCAAGCUUGCAUGAAAGGCCAUGACUUCUAUGAAGGGGUUCGAGCAGUGCUGAUUGACAAAGACCAGUCCCCCAAAUGGAAGCCAGCUACUAUAGAAGAAGUCAGCGAUGAAUUUGUGGACAACUGCUUUAAACCACUGGGAAACGACGAUCUCAAGCUGUAAAGAUCAAACCUGUUGACAUCUAUCUGCUUAGUUAUGUGAUAUAAAAAUCAAUAGUAGUGUGAUCAAUUGGGACAAGACUUUUUUAGCUAGCCUGAGAUUCAAAAGGCUUUUUUUAAAUUUUAUUUUUAUUCAGGAACAUUAUCUGUAAUGAGAAAAUAAUUGUAACUCUGGUUAAUAAUGGGAAAAAUCACUUCAAGGAAAAUUGUUAUUUUUACAGCUUUACACAGUGAUUAACAUUUAAUUUUUUGCAUUAACUCUUAGUUUAGGAGGAGCCCUAGGGGAAAAGAGCACAGUUAAGGGAUGACCUAAUAAGCAAAAAGUCAACAGUGUUGUGUUCUUGGCUCUGUCACUGAUCUGGUACAUUGGAUUGUGCCACAGAUUCUUCUGUGUACAAUGAAAAUAAAAUAUGGUUAAACCUGUAAUGCAGUCAGAGCAACAAAGGAAAAUGCAAGACAGAAUCCAUGGUGUUAAAUAUCCUUUUAAGUAAAAGUUCAGACUGAUACAUUAUUAGUCUGAGAACAAUAAAUUGUUCUAUUGAUUUAAGGUUUGGUCAUUUUUCAGCCUUGCUGUGUGAUGUAAACAUUAUUUCAAAUGUGAUAAUGUUGCCAGAGCCUACAGCACAUUUCUCUUUGCUUGCAUAGCUCAUUUCUAAAAUGUCAUUAUAUCUGAUUCAACUGCAUAAUCACUAUUUCACGAUUUCAGAAAAUUACUGGUUUUUCUUGGUCUUACAGUGGUGCAGAAACAAGUGCCUCAAGCCUUGCUGUGAACACCAAGCAGCACAUUUCCAGCGCAUUCAAGGUGGCAGGGUUCUGAUGCUAAUAAUACAAGAAGUUACACAACAUAGCCAGAACCCCUUGAUACAAGUAUUUGUGGGAGGGAAAUUAUUUUUUCUAUUGUGUAUGCCACAGACAGCUACCAAUCUUUACUAAUCUUUCUUCAACAUUACGCCUUCUUUUUUAUGCUUCAUCAGAUCACGUAGUAGUGUUUCUUCCUACUUUACUUCUACACUUACAGGCAGGUCACAAGUACAAAUUUUGGCUUCUCUGAAGCCCAAAGGAAGAAAAAUUCUGUUCCAAUGCCAUAGUCAGUAACCAGUACUGGGGAAUCAAAAAGUCAGAGCUGCAGGAGAACCAUUAAAGAGUUUUCAGUGUUGGGCAGUUUUUAUUACCAACAGCAAUGGUCUGCAAUGGCUUGAGGAGCUGUUGCCUGGAAACAAAGUCCAGGAAAUUCAGGCAUCAAGGUGAACUAUCAAGAGUGACUUUCAAAAAAUCAGAGGUGAGCAAAUGGAUAGCUAAAUCAAGUAAAAAUGGCACCUUGCUUUAGCACUAGACUUGUUCAAAUUGUUCAAAUUUCAGCUCCAAGUUUGUGUUACUGUGGACAUAGUGUUAAGGGACUGUCCUUGAGUUUAGUUCCAAAAGUAAUUGAGGUUUCAUUAAUACCUCUAGGGUAAUUCUGAAAGUAUCACGUGGCUUUCUACCUCAAGCUGGUCCCAUAAGAAGUGCAAACCUCCCCCUAUAUUAUUUAAAAUUUUUAUAUGUUUUACAUUCAUGAACAACUGCUAUUUUUAAUUUAUUUUUUAAAGAUUGGUAAAUUCCAUUAUUUUUGUAUAAAAGGAGCAAUCUUCAGCCAACUGUAUUAAAUGAAAAACACUGUAAUUCCCAGGGAGCAGGGAUCAUGCCUCCUCUGACUGUAAAUGACAUACAGGAUUAUGGGAAGAACAUAUUUUCAAAUUAACAAGCUUUGACUUGCAUGCUAAGUUGCUUCCAAAAUUUAUGCGAACAGAAAGUAUCCCAAGCUCAAAGUAACUGUCCAGUCUGUGAAAUCUUGUGGUUUUUUCAAAUAAAAGGCAUACAAGCAGAUGGUAAGUUGAAUUUUAUUUGGUCCACAAGAAAAUAUUUUCCACAAAAAAUAUUGUAAAAAUAUAUUGUAGUGUGUUUUAUUUGGGAAUACUGACGUGCCUUACUCCAGAAACAUCAGCUUUACAAAGUUGUGCUGCAGUUAAUGUAUUUUGAACCAUUAUUAGAAUAUCAAGUCAGUCACAUCAUAUCCACUCAGAUUAAUCUUGUUUCCUGGAGAAAAUAUAAAGCAAAUGUAUUUUUAACUCCUAAAUAGAAGUAAACAGUUUUGCAGAGUAUGCCAGUCCCAAACUGGAGUGCCUUUAUUACACAAAAUCAAGUCAAAGAAUCAAUGGUAACUUAGCUGGAAACCCACUGUCAGUGGCUCUGUGAAACUCUAGCACAGCUCAGCAUAAAUUUAUUUAGGUGCAGAAGUCUUUAUUUUUACAAUGUAUUAGUAUUGUGCCUAUUAAAUGUACAGCAGAGCUCUGGAGAGAGAUCUCCCUCAGUCUCUUACCAGAUUGUAGCACUGAACAGAUUUAUUUUCUAUUAAGGGUAAGUGCAUUAUUUAUAAGGACAGCAUCGUGUAAAAGAGAUGAUUUUCCUGGUGAGAUGCUGUCUCUCCCUGUUGUUUUUAAGCUUGUUUGCUUUCCGUUUGCUGCGUGCCUUCCCUGAAGUGCCAAUGUCCUGGAAAGCAUCACAAAGCAGCUGGAAUUGCACUUGGGGCCGUUCUGAAGCUGCUGUAAUCUUCAGGCACCAGUGAGGGACUGGUCAGGCCACCAAGCAGCUGGUGCCGAGUUCCCCUGGGGGCAGCUCUCGGGGCAGGCAGGGCAGGCACCCCAGAGCAGCUCCUGCACAGGGGAGCAGUCCUUGGGGAUGCUCAGUGUGCCUGGGGGAGCUCCUCCUCUGGGGAAAUGCCCAGUGCUGGUCCCGUGGAUGCUGCGGUGGAAUCCUGGGCUGUUUGGUAACUCUGCCUGCUGUUGGGCUGUGUGGUGGCAGCUGGCCAACGCGGAGCUGCUUUCAAAAGUGCAUCUGAUAUUCCUGAAGAGAAUCAGAUGCUAAGGCUACAUCCAGAGGAAAGAUUGGAGACGUGGCAACAGGAAGCACUGCUACAUCCCAGUGCCCGUGGCAACCACCAGGGUGCCUUGUACAAGGGCCAGGGCAGAUCCACCUCGAGUGCUCUGACAGUGAGUGCAGUUCUCUGCCUGCUUCUCACCUGCCUGGCCAGCAAUGGCUCUGGAGCUUUGGCUUUUUUAUUUUUAAUUACUGUGGUUAGCAGUGUUAACAUGAGCCCACACUCAUGAAAAAAGGUUGGCCCCUUUUU